AGAGCUCGAGCGACGUCGUCACUCUUACGGACGGAGACCCAUCGGAAUCGGGAGGAUACCCCCACAAAAAAAAUAAGCUUUGGAUCCCCCCCACCUCCCCAGAAGUUUUGACUUGGUUGCAUUGAGUUCCGGACACUUGCGGAAGUAAACAAUCAGCACUUUAUGGCUCAGGUACCGACCCAGUUUGCUUCCGAACCGACGCUUUGAAGUUUUGUUCAGAAGGAGAUCAUGAAAUCUGCAGAGGAGGAUGCAUAUGGCUACACCCCCAAUGUCAGCCUUUCCCUACCCCUGGGGAACCCCUGCCUCGCCCCCCAGUACCUCAGCCUCCAGUCCAGCCCCAUCAUCUCCGUCUCAGAGCCUCACAGCUUUGAGGCCCACGACGACAUGAACGUGCCCCCCGCCGCCGCCACAUACUACUCCUCCAGCGUCCGUCCCAAUGGUGCCCCGACCCUGGAGAGUCCUCGCAUCGAGAUCACGGCCUACGGUCAGUUUCCCGAGGACGAGGUGGAGGAGGACAGAGUCCCCGUCACCAAGCGUGGCAACUCCAUCGUGACGCUGACCCUCCCGAGCGCCGACGGUUACCGGGACCCCAGCUGCUUGAGUCCGGCCAGCAGCGUCUCGUCCCGCAGCUGCCACUCGGAGGCAUCGUCUUACGAGUCGGGCUUCUCGUACAACUACGACAACUCGCCGCAGAAUUCCCCCUGGCAGUCCCCGUCGGUGUCCCCUAAGGGCUCCACCCUGGCCCUUCCAGGUGACGGCUACGGUCCUGCCGGCUCCCCGCGACACUCCCCUUCCACCUCUCCUCGCAUAGGUGUGACAGACGAUACCUUCAUCGGCCGGGGAGGUUCUAGGCCCAACUCCCCUUGUGGCGCAAAGAGGAAGUACAGUUUCAAUGGGGGUGGGGCGGCGCACAAGCACUACCAGCAUUCCCCCAACCCCUCCCCUGGAGUGUCCCCCCAGACAUCACCCCGCCUCAGUGUCACAGAGGAGACAUGGCUGCCCAACACCAACCAAUACACCAAUUCGGCCAUCUUGGCGGCCAUCAAUGCCCUGAGCACAGAUGGAGUGGCUGACCUCGGGGAGGGGAUACCCAUGAAGGCCCGCAGGACCAGCCUGGACCACAGUCCCACCGUCAGCCUCAAGCUGGAACCCGGAGGUGAGGUGCUUGCUCCCGAUGAUCACCCCUCCACCCGCUUGCCCCUGAAGAAGGAGGCCUAUUGCGGGGGGUUUCUGGAUGUGCCCCAGCACCAGUACUCCUGGUCCAAGCCUAAGCAGUAUGUCAGCCCGUCCCUGCCGGCCCUCGACUGGCAGCUGCCGUCCAGCUCGGGACCCUAUAGCCUGCAGAUCGAGGUGCAGCCCAAGUCCCACCACCGAGCCCACUAUGAGACCGAAGGCAGCAGAGGGGCGGUGAAGGCUCUGGCGGGAGGACACCCCAUCGUUCAGCUGCACGGCUACGUGGACAACGAGCCGCUGACCCUGCAGCUUUUCAUCGGCACGGCAGACGACCGCCUGCUGAGGCCUCAUGCCUUCUACCAGGUCCACCGCAUCACCGGGAAGACCGUGUCCACGCCCAGCCUGGAAGCCCUACACAACAACACCAAAGUGCUGGAGAUACCACUCCUACCUGAAAACAACAUGCGUGCCAUAAUCGACUGCGCCGGCAUCCUGAAGCUGCGGAACUCCGACAUCGAGCUCCGGAAGGGCGAGACUGACAUCGGGCGCAAGAACACGCGCGUGCGCAUGGUGUUCCGGGUGCACGUCAACCAGGCGGGCGGCAGGACCGUGUCCCUGCAGGCCGCAUCCAACCCCAUCGAGUGCUCCCAGAGGUCGGCUCAGGAGCUGCCGCUGGUGGACAAGCAGAGUUUGGACACAAGCCCCGCCCCCGGAGGAGAAAGGAUGCUGCUGGAUGGACACAACUUCCAGGCCGACUCCAAGGUGGUGUUUGUGGAGAAGGCUCAAGAUGGACAUCACUUAUGGGAGACGGAGGCCAAAGUGGACAGAGACGCCUCAAAGCAUAACGUGCUCCUGGUGGAAGUCCCGCCCUAUCGAAACCAGCGACUGGCCAUGCCUGUCCACGUCAACUUUUACGUCUGCAACGGCAAGAGGAAACGAAGUCAAUACCAGCGCUUCACCUACGUGCCAUCCGCAGUUCCAACCAUUAAAACGGAGCCGCGGGAUGACUACGACGGCCCCCUGGUGGGCACCCCACGUGAGACCGGCCUCUCUUUGCAGCCCAAGCCGUACUACCCCCCUCAGGUGACCUCCGAGCUGAGGCCCUGUGUGGUGGGCGGGGCUUACACUCAGCAGAGAUUGCCGACCAAUCCCUCUUCAGCUUCCUCCCCGAGCAGCAGCCCCAAACUACAUGACCUGUCUCCCCCGCCGCCGCCCUUCCCGAUGCCCCAUGUUUCCAUCAUCCAGGAGACCCCCGGUCGAUUCCAGCCGCCCGGCCUCUACCGGCCCGGCGUCUCCACGCCGCCCUCCACGCCAGCUUCUGGACCAGAGGCGCCGUUCUCCCCGACUCACUGCAUGGCCCCCAGUGGGGGCGGCGGGAGCCCAGGCGCUCAACAGCAGGGGAAGGCACCGGAGAGGGUGCUGCAGGAGGAUGGCAGCCCCCCAGCGCUUGGCGUCAGCAUCAAACAGGAACCACAGGAACUGGACCAGAUGUACCUUGAUGAUGUCAAUGAGAUCAUCAGGAACGACCUGUCCAGCAUCUCCGUCCACAGCCACGCAUAGCUUCCCCCACACAGUAAGCAACAAGUGACACUUAAAAAACCAGGGGAGACAAAUGUGGCCACCAGGGUCCAACGCGUGCCUUUGUCAUUUUUCAGUCUUAUUUGACAUUUUUCUGUGUCGCAAGCGAACCCACAGCCAAGAACCAGAGGACCAAGCAUUGCUUCUCCCGACGCUGCACUUUAGAAAUGAACCAGUGCCUACCAGUCAUGUAUAGAAAUAGAAAUAUAGAAAAUAGAAAUGCUCACACAGAAAGAGAAAAAAAGUGCCUUUUGGACCACAAGCAGCAAGAAGAUAGGAGGAGAGUUUAUGUAGCUUUUGCUAAAGUUUACAACCAGAAACACAGCUUUAAAAUAUUUUAUAACUACCUUCUGUUAGGAGAAAUACAAUUAUAUAACAUAUGUUUAUGUUCAAAGUCAAGCUAAGCAUUCUUCUUCCGCUUUCAUGCACUUACUGUACAGGGUUUUUUUGUUACUUUUCUGUAUUUUUAUGCAUCUAGACAAUCAAAUUCAUCUUUCUUCUUACAAGAACAAAUCAUCUCAAAUUUAGCUGAGCUCAACUUGCUUCUUGUUCCUUAUCUUAUGUUUGUUUCUAUUUAUUCUGCUUGCAUGUGCUCUGUGUAUUCGUGUUUAUCAUGCAGCCUUUUAUUGCACAGCAUUUAUUUGUAUUUAUGACUUUAAAUGCAUUUCAGCCAAAGAAGCAUCGACUUGUUAACAUAAUCCACAUGUUAUGUUUCAGCAAAUUACCAAAACAGGUUCUUGUGUUGUAAAAUUGUAUUUUUAU